AUGGCGCUCUUCUCCGGAGGCCGAAUCCUCAGAAGCUCGUUGGAAAAGGCGGGCCCGGAGUACUGGAAGACCAAGUGUGACCCCAUCAUGCCUUUUGGUAAAGCAUGCGCAUAUCCGGACAAGUCCCAUGCGACGGCGCCAAUGAGUCAGCGCCUCCGGUUCUUCCACUUCAAUACCAGUCAGGAUGGAGAAGAUCUGAAGCGCGAGUUUAAGAGACGCCUAGUGGAGGCGGAGGAUCUUCUCACGACUUCGGAGCGGGCAAGGAUUGUUCACGAAUCUGUUUAUGUUUUCGAACAUGUGCUUGCGCUUGUCUCCCAGCUGGAUCAUGUCUUCUUGGAGGGCACUAAAGAUGACAGUGUCUUGGAUAUUAAUGUGACGAGAGCCGAUGCCGAUACACCUUGCCCCUCGCUCUCACCGGGACCUUCGCUUCUCAAACCAGCGGAAUUCGGCGGUCGGGUACGCGACAGUAUUGUUCUCUCAAAGGAACGGGGAGUCCGAACGGUUCCCGGCAUGAGACACCAUCGUCGUUCGCGAUCUGUCUCUAUCGAUGAGCCACUUGACGAACGCGGCGAUAGAUCAGACGUGCCAUCUCCAUACCUGGUAGCUUCUUUGCUCCGGCCUAUGGAACAAGGCGGUCGACUACGUGACAGCAUUGCUGUCUCGAGAGAACGGGGUCUCCGGACUACCCACCGCAGCUCCCAUAACCAUUCUGAAUCCAUCUCACUCGAUGAGGACUCAGAAAGCCAUACUUUGCCAGAGAACCCUGAGAUCAAGGCGAUCACCACCCGUUACACAUCGGAGCUGACAUCCCCCUCGGGGCCCGGAAGCCUGGGCGAAUCGCUCAACAGCAGCAUGGAUGCACAAGGGACACUAGCCGGUGCUCAGCCAUCAUCGUCGUCGGAAACGGCUUCCCUCCUCAUCCGAGGCAAAACCGUCAGGUUCAAGAAACCAUCCGCGGUUGGCAGCAGCAAAAGAACUGCCGAGCCAAAGGACUCUGAGAGUUACCGGAAACUGGAAGAGGAGGCAGAACGUCGACCAAAAUUAUCUGCCGAAAAGGUGUCACCAACGUCGGACAAUAACUCAGCUACUGGUGGGGAUGCAUUUUCUCUUCCCACUGUACCUAUCCACAUCGUUGGCGUCGACGGAUCUGAUGCUGAUGACUCUUCCGAUUCUGACAAGCAGAUGAAGCAAUCGCAAAAGCAGCAGAAAAGGACGGAGGUAGCAGCGGCGGACCGUGACCUUGGACAACAUGGAACCAUAUCUGUCACAAUUACGGACACUGCGAUGAUGGAAAGGGUGGAAAGCAACAGCAGCAGUAAUGAUCACCAGCUCGCUGCCGCUGCUGCCGCUGCUGCUAGUGGUGAAGAGUCCUACAGAGCCAAGUUUGGAACAGGCAUAUCGACAGCAGAAGACGCUGGUAGUGAUGGUAACAGGCCGUCCUUGAAAAGAUCUUCCUCAUCUUCGUCCUCACGACACAACAUCAAGUCCUGGUUCUCUUCUCAUAUUACCAAGGUAGAGAAGAAGAUUGAAGGCACUGGUGGUGGCGGUGGUGAUGGUGGUGCCAGCAACGAAGUGGUAGUCACCGAGACCGUUACCGAAGCUGCCUCUACUUCUACUUCUUCAUCGGCACUAAGUCUCAGAGCCAAGAUGAAGAACAAGCUAACCCACGGUCAAGACAAGCUAAAAGUCAAAAUGGACCACGCUGAGGAGAAGCUGAAGCGUGGCAAAGAAAAGUUGAAGGAGAAGAGCAAAGAACUGUCGCUGUUGGCUAUCGGGCCUGUGAGAUUCAUGUGGAAGUUUGUCUUUGUGCUGGGUGUCAUUGGUGCCGUCUGGGGCGUGGGAAGCAUGAGGAGUAUGCUUGGGUGGACGUUUAUGCCGGUAACGAUGGUGGUGAAAGCUGCUGGGUGGGUUGGGGGUGGGUUAAAGGGUGCUUUUGCUGGUGGUGCUGGUGGGAAUCUUUGA